GCAAAACAAUUUUGUUAACCAAAACAAAAAACAAUGUCUGUUUGCAAAGCGUUGGCGAGUCUACUGUUGGUCACCCUAUGCCCACUGGUAGCCCAGGGGGCUAUUUAUGGCUGCUAUUCGGGCACAAUCACAGGGUGUACGUGCAAAGGGGACUGGCCGACUUUAGCUACAAAGUGGUGCUGACGUGUUCGGGUGCCGUCGGGUCCGCCACCGACUUUGGCGAUAACCUACGCCUGCGAACCAAAGGCUACCAAAUCGACGAUUUUAUACUGUCCGCGUACCCGAACGCACGCCUCCCGGACACCCCCUUCGACACCACAACCGUUGUUAAGCGCGUAAUCAUCAAAGACUCGCCCAAACUCGAGGGGUUUGGACCGAAGGGAAAGGCCACCGGGUUUUUCACCGGAUUGGGUGCGACUUUUGAGACACUAGUCCUGUCGAACAACCCGGCCAUCCGUGCGGAGGAGUGGGAAGCGAUUGGCAAACAAGUGAAAACCAUAAAGACUCUGGUCAUUCAUAAAGCGCCCGAGUUUGAUGAUCUAGAUGCGUUGGCCGCGUUGGCCCCUACCCUACAGACACUGGUACUGCGCGCUACCGGUUUGACCACGUUCAAGGUCAAUUUGUCCACCUACGCCAAUUUGGCCAUAUUAGAUCUGUCGGAAACGCCCGCGCUCAAAAAGUUUGAUACCACUGUGCCGGCUAAGUUGAAAAAUGUAUUUAUUAGUGGCGCCGGUUUGGACACAUUAAGUCAGAAAACGUUGACCGAGCUGGUUAAGGCCGAUUUUGUUGAUUUGUCCAAGAACAAUCUAAACUGUGAUUGCUCAAACUUCCCUGCUGACUUUGUAAACGAGGCAAAUGAAAAGAAAUUCUUGGGCUCUACUUGUGCCACACCGACCGAAAUCAAGGGCUCCAAAUUUGCCACCACUUGUUUAAACAAGAACUUUUUGCUGUUUGGCAAACGAGCUAGAUCGUUGACAAGAAAACUAUAA